AGCUAAUAAAAAGAUGAUUCUCCAUAUAGAUAAUCAAGCUGUAGUCGCUAUAAUUAAUAAGCUCACCUCUAAAUCAGAAUGGGUAAUGACUCUACUUAGAUUAUUUGUACUUGCUUCUAUGAAAUAUAAUAUUCUGUUUCGUGCAGUUUACAUACCAAGUAAAGACAAUGUAGUAGCUGACUCAAUUUCUCGUAAUCAGUGGGCCAGAUUCCGACAAGCAGCUCCACAUGCCAGGACACAUCCUUGCCCAGUACCCCUUUCAUUCCGCAACAUCAUCUCCAGUCUUAGUUUGCUAAACUUUUAGAUGCUUCAGUAUCUGAAAACACACAUAAAUCUCAUCGUGCUGGAAUGGCAGCUUAUUACAAAGUAUGUAGACUGCUUGAUUGUACGCCAUGGCCUCCUUCAUUAAACUCGGUCGUGCAAUUCGUUUUGCAUUCAUCAUCAUCCGGUCUUGCAUAUUCUACGGUGAGGUCAUAUUUGUCUCCAUUUCAUUUUAUUGUAAAUUGCAAAAUGUACCUGAUCCAACCCCGGAGUUCUUGGUAACAAAGUUAUUACAGGGCAUGAGACGUUUGAAACAUAAAGCAGAUACUAGAUUGCUAAUAACAAAAACAAUUUUGCUUAGUAUUAUUCAGGUUCUACCCAUAAUAUGUACUAAUGCUUUUGAAACAGCUCUUUUCUCUGCUGCAUUCUCCCUGGCCUUUCACGGAUUUUUAAGAGUGGGCGAACUAACAGUUAAUACAAGCAAAGGUCGUCAACAAAACGCAAUUCAAAUAGACAAUUUGUCCAUAAAUCAUCAAACACAAUCUCUCUUAUUGACUAUCCAGUUUUCAAAAACAGAUCAGUUUGGUAAAGGUACAGUAUUACAAAUAGACAAGCAGGGUGGUGUAGCAUGUCCAUAUCAGCUCGUUACCAACUGCGUCAGCAUCCGUCCAGAGGGUUCAGGUCCACUUUUUCGACAUUUGAAUUUAUCCCCACUCACCCGAUAUCAGUUUACAGGGGUACUUUGUAAAGCAGUUAAGCACCUUAAUUUACCUGGUAGCUCAGGAUACAAAUCUCUCUCUUUUCGUAUCGGUGCGAGUACUGAUCUCGCUUUAAAGGGUUUCUCAACUGAUGACAUUCAGAGAUCUGGCCGUUGGAAAUCUUCUUCUUACAAAUCUUACAUUCGCAUACCAAAGUUUUAAUUCAAUUUUAGAUACACAGACAAUAUGGUUGGUGGGUUCAUCAAUAAUUAAGCAUGCCUUUUUGGAAGCUGUAUUAAGACCAGGUGGUACAAAUUUGACACUAGAAAGAAAACAUAUCUCCCUGUGGUGGCAGGGUUAUAGUGGCCUCCAGUUAAGUAAAACAAGGCAAAAGAUUAGAACAAUUGAAAAGGUGGGUCCUGUACCGAAUUUUAUUCUUAUACAUUGUGGGGGGAAUGAUUAUGGUAAGUUAUCGAUCAGGAAAAUAAGAGUUGUUGCAAAGCAGUUGGUUUUGUUUAUAAGAAAUCGCUUUCAAAACAUCAGGAUUAUAUGGUCAUUUAUCCUUCCGCGUCUUCAAUGGCGCUAUUCAGCAAACUUAAAAGCCAUGGAAAAUGCACGCAAACGGCUAAAUUCUUGCAUAGCUUCAAUUGUCUUGCAAUCUGGGGGUGCAAUAAUCCGCCAUACAGAUAUUAAACCUGUUCCAGCUUUGUUUUUACAGGAUGGGGUACACAUGUCCUCGUUGGGGAAUAACAUUUUUCUAAACUCCCUCCAGGGGGGACUUGAGGCUAUCGUUGUGCAUGGCCAAUCCUGCUUUCCCAAUUAGCAAGGAUCCUGGGUACGGCUGUUCCUAUAUGCCGCUUUACCCCCACCAUGGUGGCGGAGUUCCCUGGAUGAGUCUCAUUCUGAACCUCGUCUCAGGAAACUUGUGGCGUAAAAGCGGCAUUCUGGUAGUAAAUAUUAUAAAGUGAGCUUUGACCUCUGCACCUCCCAGGGUCAAUGCUUUCUAUAUAUACGGUGAAAUUUGAACUUUGA